CGUUGCUAAGCGACAGCAGUUAGUGAGGCUGACUUUUUCUUAACCGUAAACUCCAAACUUUUGACCGCUUAUAAGUGGAUUUUGUCGACUUGUUUGUUUGUUUUUUGUUGUUGCUGUUUUUAUUUUAUCAUGAAAUAAUGAAGGAAACAACGCGUCAACGACAGUUUGCUUCCGCGUCGCCUAGCAACAUCCCCCACCCAAGGGUCCCCCAGCAGAGACACCGGGCUGCGGUGAGCUAAACACGGACAUGGAGAAGGAUGGUGUUUUAACGGCUGACAUGGUCUCCAGCAGUGUGUACGGACGUGGAUGCCUUGGCUCCGGGCUGCAGCACUUUUACCACAGUCUCUCUCUGCCAAGUCACAAUCUCAGUGACGUGUCUGUGUUAUCCAAAUACGUCCAUCUUCAAAAGCUGGAGCUACCACACAACAAAAUUAAAGAUCUGUCCUGCGUGAGCCACAUGCCCGACCUUGCCAUCCUGGACGCCUCUCACAACGAAAUCUCCAACUUCUUUGAAUUCCAGCCUCCGAAGAACCUGGAGGAGGUCAAUUUCUCCCACAACCGCAUGACAAAAAUGAGGGAUCUGUCAGCGUAUUUAUCACUCUGCAAACUGGAUCUGGACCACAACAGCUUAAGUGAGAUUACUGGUCUUGAGCAAUGUUGCAGGCUUACUCAUCUCAGCCUGGCGCACAACAAGAUUUCGAGGAUCAGCGGCGUGGACGGUCUGCCUCUCACACACCUCAGCCUCAGGGGGAACCAGCUGGAGAGGAUUGAAGGGUUGGAGAACUUGAAGAGGCUGCAGGUUCUUGAUUUGUCUUUGAAUCGCAUUACCAGUCUCUCUGGCCUCCAAAACCUCCACCUACUGGGCUCCAUCGACCUGGAGAGAAACCUGAUUAGUAAAAUUGAAGAGUGCAAACACAUUCAUGAUCUUCUCCUGUUGAGGGACCUUAAUCUGCUGGGAAACCCUGUGCAGGAGCAGCCUGAUUACAGACUGGCGAUCAUCUUCCUCCUUCAGCAUCUGACUGUGCUGGACCAAGAGAAAGUCACUGCUGAAGUAAAGGUGUCAUCAAUAAACAAGUAUGACCCUCCUUUGGAUGUGGUUGCGGCCAGGGAUCACAUGACCCACCUCGUGUAUCAGCUAAUGCAGCCCCAGGUCCUAUAUGAUAGCACGCUGCCCAGCGUAGACUCUCCGUACCCGAUGCUGGUGCUGACGGGUCCUCAGUGCUGUGGGAAGAGAGAGCUGGCUCACAGACUGUGUCAGGAGUUCAGCGAAUACUUUGCUCAUGGGACCAGUCACACCACAAGGGGGCCCUACUAUGGAGAAGAGAAUGGAAUUGAUUACCAUUUUGUCAGUGAGGAAGACUUUCAGAACAUGAUUCACAUGGGCGAGUUUAUCCAGACCAUGGAGUACGGGGGUCACAGGUACGGCCUCACCAGAGACGCCGUGGAGGACGUGGCCAGAGAAGGACUGGCUUGUUGCCUGCACAUGGAGCUGGAGGGUGUGUUCAGUCUGAAGAAGAGCUGCUUUGAACCUCGGUACAUCCUGCUCAUCCCCACCCAGGUGGGGAAGUACACCGGGCACCUGAAAAGCCGCGGCCUGUACACCCAAGCGCAGACUGACGUCGCAGUGUCGCGUAUAGACCUCUACGCCCGCACCAACAGGCAGCAUCCAGGAUUCUUCGAUAACGUUAUCCCCUGCGAUGACUGGGAGGAAGCCUUCCAGACUCUGAGGCGGGUUGUGAAGGAGUACCUGUUGCUGGAGGAGCAGGACGAAGGGGAGAACAUCAACAACAACAACAACAACAGAGCGUCCCCUGACAACACCUCCACAGCCUCAGGUCACAUUCCUGAGGAGAAGCCACCUUCACCCGUGUUGAGGUCAGAAACAGGGACGCACUCUGUCACGGCUCUGGACCCCUCAGACCCCUACUACAGAUCCUACAUUACCAGGAUCCAAGCAGAGCUUAGCCCCCAGAAGAGCCACACUGAGCUGGCUUCCAUCAGGAGGCGUGAGCAGCUCGUGAGGGAAGCUAUUGUGGGGAAGAGCCCAGGGGUCUACAGCCAGCUCUUCAAAAGCUCUGCUCAAACAGCCCCGUCAUCACUGCCGAAUAAUGAUCCUGAGAGACACUUUCAUGAGGAUAGCAGCUCAGACGAUUCUCGUGCCAGCUCGGCUCUGUCCGUGCCCAGUUCUGCCGGGGCCUUGUGUGGCCCAGUGGAACCUCUAGAUAUCUCCGCCUUGGAAACACCGAAAGACCAAACCGCAUCAGGCCGAGCAUCAGACGUCCCCCAUAAAGGGAAAGUUGCAUCUCCCUCUUCUGAUAGACGUCCAGGAUCUGAUGUUAAUCCCAUCUUGCCCCCCAUCCCAACGGGGCGGCAGACCCCUGCACCACCCACCUCAGCUCUUUCACCCAGACCAAGCUCGAACCAGGCAGUCGGAGAGGGAGGAGAUGCAAACAUGGCUGGAGACACGUAAACAAAUUGUAGAUAAUUAUUUUUAUUUUAAAGAUGAGUUAAAGUUGUUAGAUAUGUAAUAGCUGUAACACGCACUGAUCGUCAAGCAUAAUAAUAAAUAUAGUCUUAAAGAAAA